AAAAGGCCUGCAGUUCUGCAGUAGACAGAGGCUAAUAAUUGCACAUAUGCAUAGUGGAUUAUUUCUUUGUUUUGCUUGAAAAUCUAGUUAUUCUGGAUUGUGGGCUUUAGUACUGUGAAAACAGGAUGUGAUCCAAAAGAACCAAACCCUCCUGAGUGUAGACAGAACUGCCUCUUAAUAUGGUUCGGAGAUCCCAGAGACUGAAACUGAGACAAACAAAGCAGGAAACUGACAGCAGAGAAAAAACAGUGACAAAAACUGUGUGUGUUACAAAUGGGAGAACAGAACAGUGUUGUGAGGAGCACAGACAGAAAAUGGAUUUGUUCUGCCAAGAGGACAAGACUUUUAUCUGUUUCCUGUGUGUCCCCAGACAUUCCAGCCACAGUUUUGUGUUUCUGCACGAGGCAGCAUGUGUGUAUAAGUUACCAGAAACCUUUGAUGAUGUUGCUAUCACUUUUUCCAAAGAAGAGUGGAAGAUCUUAACAAAACAAGAUAAAGAGCUUUACAGGGAAGUUAUGGUGCAGAACUAUGAAACAUUGGUUUCAUUAGGUUACAAAAUACCCAAAAAGAAAUUAUUGCUGCUAUUCAAAGCAGACAAUGAACUGGCAAGUACUGAUAUGGAGGGUAAAAAUACUACAAAACAGAAAGAUAACUUUGACAAUAACCAUAACGGUCUCAGAAGCCCAGAAUGCAGCAUGAAUUCCUGUCAACAACCAUCAUUUCGGACACCCAUGUUCUGCCAUCUAUCAGAGAACUUGCAACAGUGUGCUCAGUCUGCGAAGGGCGAUGACAAGACUUUUCUCAUUCCUGCAUCAGAUCUUCACUCAGGAUAUAACUGCGACAAGACCUCUGAAUGUGACAGCGGGAGACCGCAGCUACAUCACCUAGCUGAGAUUGUGCAGCAGCGUGCUAAGCCUUUAAAGGGCCAAGACAAGACAUGUAUCACUUCUAUACCACAGAUUCACUCAGGGCAGAACUCCACAAGCUCUAAAUGUCAGAGAGGUCACACAGAAAAGAAACCAUAUAAAUGUGCUGACUGCAGUAAGUGUUUCAAACAUCCUAGUGAUCUUAGGCUUCACUACACUAUACACACAGGAGAGAAACCUUAUAAAUGUGCUGAAUGCAGUAAGUGUUUCAGAGAGAAAAGGGGACUAAAAUACCACGAGUAUUCUCACACAGGGAAUAAACCAUACAAAUGUUCUAAGUGCAAUAAGUCUUAUCCAGAUAUGAAAGGCCUAAAAUCCCAUCAGAGUAUUCACACUGGCAACAAGCCAUUUAAAUGUACUGAAUGCAGUAAGUGUUUCUCGCAGCAAAGUAAUCUUCGGCGCCACAAGGCCAUUCAUACCAGAGAGAAACCACAUAAAUGUGCUGAAUGUGGUAAGUGUUUCACAUAUCAUAGUAAUCUUAGGCUUCACUGCACCAUUCACGCGGGUGAGAAACCAUAUAGAUGUGCAGAAUGCAGUAAGUGUUUUAAAAAUAAGAAAGGACUAAAAUCCCAUGAGAACUCUCACACAGGGAAUAAACCAUAUAAAUGUGCCAAAUGCAGUAAGUGUUUUAGAACUAAGAGAGGAGUAAAAUACCAUGAGAAUUCACACACAGGGAACAAACCAUAUAAAUGUACCGAAUGCAGUAAGUGUUUCACAAAUCCUCGUAGUCUGCAACUGCACCAUGCCACUCAUAGUGGAGGGAAACCACAUAAGUGUGCUGAAUGUGGUAAAACCUUCAUCCAUCUUAUUAGUCUUCAACGCCAUGUUUUUAUUCAUUCCGGAGAGAAACCAUAUAAAUGUACAGAAUGUAGUAAGUCUUUUACACAGAAGCAGGGCCUAAAAUACCAUUUAAUCAGUCAUACAGGAGAGAAACCAUACAAAUGUACUGAAUGCAGUAAGUGUUUUAUACAUAAGAAAAGCCUAAAAUACCAUCAGCUGUCCCACAAGGGGUCUAACUGGAGUGAAGAUAAGUCAGCAAGCAAAGGAGAGUAGUUUUGCUGAAAUUGAAUUCAUCCCAGGUCUUGGUGAGCACCUU